ACGCCCGCCCCGGUUCGCUCUCGCGGGCGGACCCAGCGGCGGAAGUGGCGCCAUCGGCAGAUUGCCUUCCGCUCUGAGGCGCUGCCGGGGCCGCGGACCCGGACUGCGCCUGGGGCAGGAAGAGCCGGGGCGGCGGCUGACAUGGAGCAGCCUUGCCGCUGAGGCUCUGCCCUCCCUGCCCUGAGGUGGGGGCCCACCAGGAUGAACAAACCAUCCGGGGAGCCUGCCCGCGACUUGGAGUGCAGCCUGCCAGCCGUGGCCUCCCUUGGCUUGUCACUGUCUGGCAGCCAGAGCCUCUCAACGCACCUCCUCCCGCCACCUCCUGAGAAGCGCCGGGCCAUCUCUGAUGUCCGCCGCACCUUCUGUCUCUUUGUCACCUUCGACCUGCUCUUCAUCUCCCUGCUCUGGAUCAUUGAGCUGAAUACCAACACAGGUAUCCGGAAGAACCUGGAGCAGGAGAUCAUCCACUACAACUUUAAAACUUCCUUCUUUGACAUCUUUGUCCUGGCCUUCUUCCGCUUCUCGGGGCUGCUCCUGGGCUACGCUGUGCUGCGGCUCCGGCACUGGUGGGUGAUUGCGGUUACCACGCUGGUGUCCAGUGCAUUCCUCAUUGUCAAGGUCAUUCUCUCUGAGCUGCUCAGCAAAGGGGCAUUCGGCUACCUGCUCCCCAUCGUCUCCUUUGUCCUUGCCUGGUUGGAGACCUGGUUCCUUGACUUCAAAGUCCUACCCCAGGAGGCCGAAGAGGAGCGAUGGUAUCUUGCUGCCCAGGCUGCUGUCGCCCGCGGACCCCUACUCUUCUCCGGUGCUCUGUCCGAGGGCCAGUUCUAUUCACCUCCAGAAUCCUUUGCAGGUUCUGAUGAUGAAUCAGAGGAUGAAGUUGUCGGGAAGAAAAGCUUCUCUGCCCAGGAAUGGGAAUACAUCCGCCAGGGGAAGGAGGCCACAGCACUGGUGGACCAGAUCUUGGCCCAGGAGGAGAACUGGAAGUUCGAGAAGAAUAAUGAAUAUGGGGACACUGUGUACACCAUCGAGAUUCCCUUUCAUGGCAAGACAUUCAUCCUGAAGACUUUCCUGCCCUGCCCUGCGGAGCUGGUGUACCAGGAGGUGAUCCUGCAGCCCGAGAGGAUGGUGCUGUGGAACAAGACAGUGACUGCCUGCCAGAUCCUACAGCGAGUAGAAGACAACACCCUCGUCUCCUACGAUGUGUCUGCGGGGGCCGCGGGCGGUGUGGUCUCCCCAAGGGACUUUGUGAAUGUCCGACGCAUCGAGCGGCGCAGAGACCGAUACCUGUCAUCAGGCAUCGCCACCACCCACUGCACCAAGCCCCCAACACACAAAUACGUCAGGGGAGAGAAUGGUCCUGGGGGCUUCAUCGUGCUCAAGUCGGCCAGUAACCCCCGAGUCUGCACCUUCAUCUGGAUCCUUAAUACAGAUCUCAAGGGCCGCCUGCCCCGGUACCUCAUCCACCAGAGCCUUGCAGCCACCAUGUUUGAAUUUGCCUUCCACCUGCGGCAGCGCAUCGGAGAGCUGGGGGUCCGGGCAUAACCAUGCCCCCUCGCCACCCUGCGGGCCAGGGUCCUGUCGCCACAGCCUCCAGAGUCAGAGACAGGGGCCAGUUGGGUUUCCUGCUGCCCACAGAGGACCUGGCCUCACGCAGUGGGAAGAGGAAGUUUCCUCCCGUGGCAGCAUCUUGGUCCCAAGCCACCACCCUCCACCACGCUCUGCUGUGCCUGGGACCCAUGGCCGCGAGCAGGUUGUAGGGUCAAGCAUCUGGACACUGGGGCUCUGCCGCUGAGGCGAGUGGGGUCUGUCCUGCUGAUGUUUACAUGGCAUCCCUGCCUCCUGGGGGAGGAGAUCCGCUGUCUCCUCCCUAGCCAGGGGCAGGGUCUGGAAUGGGAGCCUCAGACUUGGUGGAGGAGGGCCAGGGUCCUGAGCAGGACGGAGGUAAGGGCAGGCUGUCACCAGUGUUAAGGUGCAGGAGCCCCUUCAUCUCCUGCUCUCUCAUCACGGUUUUUUAGGAUUAUUUAAAGGGUCUGGGACCUUUUUCCACAUGCACUUGUUUGGGGGCAGGUGAGGAUGGUGGGUGUUGGCAGUAAACCUCUGCCUCUCCCAGGUUCUCUCCCCUCCCCCCAAGGGCCUCCUUGGGGACCUUUGUAAUUUGAGCCAAUUAAAAA